GCACCACCUCGCCACGGCACGGCGCGCGCACCGCAGCAACCAAUGCACGCUGGAGCCUCCACGUCGCCGGCGACGACGACGACGACGACGACCGCACCGCCGCGCGGCUAGCAGCAGCACAUGUUGCAUGAGCAGCACGCGCCGCCGCAGCCGGAGGAGGAACCUGCAGCAGCAGAGGUCGUGCAUGCGCUGCACCUGCCGUCGGCGCCCGCCACCACCGGCGAUGCUGCAGCAGCUCGCGGCGGCGAGCACCACCACCACCAGCACCGCGACGACGAGCCCGCCACGUUCCGUGACAUCCACCCUCUGACGCCGUCGCCGACGCCGCCCGCGCGCCUCGGGUCCGCGUCCUGGGACACCGCCAGCCACCGGUCCCUGUCGUCCGAGGAGCAGUUCAUGACGAUGAGCCGGGAGUUCACGGCCAUGGUCGCCGCCGGGACGACCCUGCAGACCGGCGCCAACGGCUACGACGCCAGCAGCGGCGCCGACCAGCUGACCAGCAUCGGGGAGGACGAGCUGGAGGAGACCAACCCGCUCGCCAUCGUGCCGGACAGCCACCCGAUCGCGACGCCGGCCAGGAGCAGGGCGUCGCUGGAGGUGGUCCCCGCGGGGCCCUCGGCCUCGGCGCCGGCGCCGCCGCCGGUGGAGGCGCGUCAGGUGAAGAAGGAGGAGGUGGAGACGAAGGUGUCGGCGUGGCAGACGGCGGAGGUGGCCAAGAUCAACAACAGGUUCAAGCGGGAGGAGGUGGUCAUCAACGGCUGGGAGACCGAGCAAGUAGAGAAAGCAUCCGCAUGGCUCAAGAAGAUCGAGAGGAAGCUGGACGAGCAGCGCGCCAAGGCGAUCGAGAAGACGCAGAACGACAUGGCGAAGGCGCGGCGCAAGGCGGAGGAGAAGAGGGCGUCGGCGGAGGCGAAGAGAGGGCUGAAGCUGGCCAAGGUGCUGGAGCUGGCCAACUUCAUGAAGGCGGUCGGAAGGGUGCCCACGAAACGCUCCUUCUUCUAGCUCCAGCCUCCCUCUUCUUGCCCUGCCAUGGACAUGGUCACCGACCUCCUCUGCUCGAUCUGUGUGUUCCAGUGCCCCCGUGUGCUUGCUGUUCUUCGUGUGAUGUUUGCUGUGCGCAUCCGAGAACCUAAUUGUAAAGAAAGAUGCUAAGAAAUUUGUGUAUUUGCUAGCUGCUGCUGCCCUCUGCUGCUGCUUGUGAUCAUCGCAGAGUGGCCCUUGUUAGUUUUUCCACGGCUUGUAAUAUCCAUACGGUAUAAAUGGCUUGUUUGCUCGAAUCUCGCAAACAUUCAGUUACAUGUUUAUGUGAAUCGAUUC